AUGGCCAGCACAAACCACGUUCGAUUUUUUUGCCAGUGGACCGAUUGUGACGCCCAAUUCGAGCGUCAAUCCGAUCUGGCGGCUCAUGUGACCAAACAUAUAGCCGCCGAUUCUGUUUGUCGGUGGUUCACGUGCGGGGCUGUGCUCGAGUCUCCUUCGUCGCUCUUGUCCCAUCUGAUCAGACACUCUCAGACACCGUUUGGGUGUUUGAAAUGCCCGCUCGAGUUCGAAUCGCCAGAAUCGGUGUUUGAACACGAACAGUCGCAUCGUCUAGUCGCCACACCUACCCCAUUAGCCACAGACAUUGACAAGUACAAUCACCAAAAACAGUCGAAUACAAGCCCGCAUUUCGCCAACAAGUACUCCAAACUCGCCAACAUCUACACCUCCAAAACGGCCGUGCCCAUCGACCAGGUCCCGGACUCGGCGCUCGAAAACCACGCCGUCCAGCUCGAACAGUACCUCCGAAAACUGCAAUCUCUUAAAACAAACCUCCAGUCGCAACUGGCCGCCACCACCCAGGAAAACCGCCUCAUCUGGCUGAAAAACCAGCACAUCCUCACCGCCUUAAAGCAGUUCGAGGCCAAGGAACUGAACAUAUGA